AUGGUGUGGGGUUGUUUUAGCAAGAGAGAGGAUGGAGUAGGUGGUUUGGGCAUUGGUGUUUCGAUGAUUAGAGAGAAGAAUGGUGGUAGGCUAGUCAUGGUGUUGAUAAUUAGUGAUAAUGAAGGUUUGGUGAGGAUAUGGGUUUAUGAGUUUUUUAAGAGAAUGGUCGCCAUGGAUGGAGGAGAGAGAGGAAUGGUUGGGAGAUGGUUAGGCAAAGAAGAAGGCAGCGAUAGGGUGAUAGGCAGAUGA